AUGUCAACCACCGCCCUCCGACCACUCCUCCGAGUCCCCACCUCAACUCCCUUCCAAGCACUCCGCCUUCUCCCCACACAAUCCCGCAAUGCUCGUCUCCUUCAGCGCCCCAAGCGCCCCCACCUCCUCGACCAGAUCGUGAUACUCUCCGACGGAUCAUCAUACAAGCAGCUGACCACCAGUCCCAAGGGGGUCAUCCGUACGACAAAAGAUGUACGCAAUCACCCGAUCUGGAAUGCGAGUGAUGCGCUUUUGGCGGGGCUGGAAGAGGAUGAGGCAGGAAAGUUGAAGGCUUUCAGGUUGAGGUAUGGGCGUGGAUUCGAUAUCGACGAGGAGGGAACCGAGGAGGACGAUAAUUUGAUGGAUCUGUUUUCGUCAAUUACGGAGGAGCCGCCGAAACCAGCGCAGGUGGCCGCGGCACCGAAGGGAAAGGGAAAGAAGGGGAAGAAAUAA